UAGAGACUCGUUUAGUAACCAUGAGAUUAUUGGCUGUGAUCGCGUUUGUGUUCUGCGCUUUAAGCGCCAAACCGCUUGAAACGCAAAGUGCGAAGAUUUUGGCUACCUUGCCGUUUCCGGGUCGUUCGCAGUACAUAUUCGUGGAGUCCUACCUAAAGGCCUUGGCCGCGAAGGGUCACCAGGUGACAGUAAUAAACGCCUUCAAAAAUAAGGCAACGCCCAACAUGCGCUUCAUCGAGGCUCUUAAAGCGCACGAAUACACUGACGAAAUGAUGGGUCUGCUGAAUGUGCCGAUAUUGUGGCAGCAGCUUAAUGCAAUGGAUUACAUUUUAACCAGAUUUGUGGAGACGACGCUGGAAGAUGAGGGUGUCAAGAAGCUGAUAAAUUCUGGAGAAACUUUUGAUGUGGUGCUGGCGGAGAUGCUCCAAAUGGAGCCUCUCUAUGCUUUCGCGGAGCAUUUUAAUGCCACUUUGGUUGGAUUCUCCAGUUAUGGUACAGAUCGAAAGAUUGAUGAGGCUGCAGGCAAUAUAUCACCCAUUUCGUAUAACCCACUGGUGACCUCUCCCCGUACCGACAAGAUGACCUUCCUGGAACGCUUGGAAAAUCACUAUGAUGCCCUUGUGGAGGAUAUUCAUCGAUAUUUUGUUCACCUGCCUCAUAUGCAAACAAUUUACAAAAAGUAUUUCCCGAAUGCGAAGAAAACAAUGGAAGAAGUCUUGGACAGUUUUUCGCUAAUUCUGCUGGGUCAGCACUUUUCUCUGAGCCAUCCGCGACCCUAUUUGCCCAAUAUGAUUGAAGUUGGUGGAAUGCAAAUAUCCCAUAAGCCGAAACCUCUUCCCGAGGACAUUAAGCAGUUCAUUGAGGGUUCGCCCAAUGGCGUUAUAUACUUCUCCAUGGGUUCCAAUGUGAAGAGUAAGGAUCUGCCUCAGGAAACCCGCGACACGCUGCUGAAAACCUUUGCAAAACUUAAGCAGCGGGUUCUGUGGAAAUUCGAAGACGACCAGAUGCCCGGUAAGCCAGCGAAUGUCCUGAUCAAGAAAUGGUAUCCCCAGCCAGAUAUCCUGGCCCAUCCGAAUGUAAAGAUAUUCAUCACUCACGGUGGCCUGCUGAGCACCAUAGAGAGUGUUUAUUUUGGCAAACCCGUGCUGGGAUUGCCCUGUUUCUAUGAUCAGUACAUGAAUGUGCAGCGCGCCCAGCGAACGGGCUUCGGAUUGGGUUUGGAUCUGAACAAUCUGAAGCAAGAGGAUCUGGAAAAGGCCAUCCACACGCUGCUUAACGAUCCCAGUUACGCCCAAGCAUCGGCUGCCAUUUCGGAGCGGUAUCGCGAUCAGCCGGAAUCGGCUCUCGAUCGCGCCGUCUGGUGGACGGAAUAUGUAAUCAGACACAAAGGUGCUCCCCACCUGCGUGCCACCGCCCGGGACCUCAACUUCAUUCAACUCCACAGCUUGGACACCUGGGUGGUUCUCCUUGGAGUUCCUCUAUUGGUUGUCCUACUCAUCCUAAAGUUAUCUUGCAAAUUACUUGGGGGCAAGAAACAAAGGUGCCCCCAUGCUGAUAAGGUCAAGAAACAGUAGAUGAUUUUGUGUAUAUGUAUGUUGUUUAUAGUCCGAAAUAUCUAGUUGUCUUAUCAGUCUUAUCAACUGAUACGGUUGUUGAAAUUAUAUUUUUUAUUGCUCAAA